GUAAAAAUAUUUUGUGUAACUGAGCUCGGUUUAAUAAAUUCUAAGUAAAAAUGCCGCUUGGUAAUAAGCCAACGUGUGAAUUAUGUAAAGCUACAAACUCUACAAUGUGGAGAAAAGGCAGCAAUGGCGAAGUCAUCUGCAACUCGUGUUCACUGAAACAAAGUUGUCCUGGAGGCGAAAAGGAUUCCAACGACAGCAACGGUAGUAUUCCUGAACGACCAAAAAAUAAUGGUAACCUUGCCGGCCCUGUGCUGAGAAAAAGUGCAAGAAUCAAACCGACGAAGCACAAAUACAUUAGUGCAGCCAAGGCACUAGCAACCAAGGGGAAAAGCAGGAGAAUAGUUUUUAAGAAGAGUCAACCAAUCAAAGCUCCUACAGCUGUGUCAACCAUUGUAACAGGUGAAAGUGUAUUUUACGAUGGUAUGUACUAUCAAUCAGGUGAUAUUGUGUCACUUGUUGACCAUGAUGGUUCCUUGUAUUAUGCUCAAAUUAGAGGAUUCAUGCAGGAUCAAUAUAAUGAGAAGAGUGUUGUGUUGUCAUGGUUAUUACCAACACAAAACAGCCCCAAAGUAGGAUUUGACCCUUCAACUUACAUUCUGGGUCCAGAAGAGGAUCUUCCACGCAAGAUGGAGUACAUAGAGUUUGUGUGCCAUGCUCCCUCAGAUUAUUAUAAAUGUCGCACCGGCCCCUAUCUCACUAUAUCCCGCGAGCCAGAACUGUGUUAUAUAUGGACAACGAUAGGAGAAAAAAUAACCCCUGUUCCCAGUACAAGUGAAAUGUUUGGAAUGAGAGAUUCCACGAGUUCGAAAUCUACAGGAAGCAAGUUUAGUAAAGAAGAAAAGAAAGAAAAGGGACAUAAAAAGCAAGAAAAAGAAAAGACAAUCCCUGUGGAAGUCAAGAAAGAGAUCAUUGUUGAGGAUUCUUGAAUGAACAAUCAAUUCUUAGAAAUUCCAGGGCAUUUGUAAUCAAAUAAAAAUCAUGUUUUGAUAAUAGUUAUUGAUUUAUUGAAAAAAUGCAAAUGUAAAUUGGAAGUGUUUAUCUAUAUGUGUAUACAUGACUUAUUUUUGUUGUAAAGUAAAUAUUCCAUGAC